CCUCAAGGGACUUAAUUUUCUGAAGGGAGCGUUUAUUUCGUUGCCUUGGUAAUUUGGUGCCUUGGAAGCGAUUACCGAAAAUCAGACAAACCUAUACGUUAGCUAGCUAAGUAGAUUUACAAUGGACGUGAAAGAGCGAAAUCUGCUGGGUGAUGGAAAGAACAUCGUUGAAAUGAUGGACUUAGAGGAAGAGAAUUUUGCUGUUUCAAAGUAUGUGUGUCUGAGGAAGAACUCAUCAGAUGCUGAUGCUGCCUUUGAUGCUGUCAUUGGGAGUAUUGAAGACAUCAUCAUGGAGGACGACUUCCAGCACCUGCAACAGAGCUUCAUGGAGAAACACUAUCUGGAGUUUGAUGACUCAGAGGAGAACAAACUCACCUACAUACCCAUCUUCAACGAAUAUAUUGAGAAACUUGAGAAACGCCUCGAGCAGCAGCUGAUGGAGAGGAUUCCCUGUUUCAACAUGAGCACAUUUAACCAUUUACUCAAGCAGCACAAAGAUGAGGUGUCAGGAGACAUCUUCGACAUGUUGCUUUCUUUUACAGAUUUUAUGGCCUUCAAGGAAAUGUUAAUUGACUACAGAGCAGUGAGUAACAACCCAGAAUGUUUCCGAUUUAGAUUUUUUGAUUUUAGGAUCUGCACUAAUCAUUUGUUAGAGAGGAUUGUCUCUAUGUUGUUGUGUGUCAGAAACAUAGAGAUAGGUGGAGGACUCUAGUGCCCAAAAGCCAGUUUAGUAUGGGCAGUGCCAUUGAGUACUUGAACCAUUUUGAAGUAAUCAACUGUGUGGGACUUCCCAAGGUUUAAGGAAUGAUCACAUAAUUCCAUCCAGGUCAUCAGGAGGGAUCAGCCAAUAAAUUAUACUUGUGAGGAAACAUUCCAUAACUGCAGGUGGCAGUAAAUUGCCAACCUUGGCUUUAUACCUGUUCAAACAAAACACAUCAAGGUGCCAGUGUGCACCCUUUCAGUUUCUUUGCCAACUCAUAGAAGUAGUAGAAAAAUAAAAUUGACUACCUCAAAAUGGAGAUGGCAUCAAUGGUGCUGCCUGUGCUCUCAUAGACGCCAUGAUGUGAUGUCUAUGCUCAGCACCUAUACCUUCU